AUGGCCCUCAGACCAGAACUUCAUGACUGCGAAAGUGCUGACAUUCAUGACAGCACGGCCGAGAUUGCGGCCAACUCACCACGAUACCGCCGUAAGAGCUCUACCUUCAUCGAUGCCAUCCACGAUGUACCCGAGGAUCAGAAAAUGGCCCCGGCCCAGCUGUACAGCACCAUGUCAGGCCGUCUAUUCCACUCUGGGAGAAUUGCCAUUGUCAUGGUUGGUCUCCCGGCCCGUGGCAAGACGCACAUCUGCGUCUCUCUAGCCCGGUAUCUCGGAUGGUUAGGCGUGAAGACGCGUGUCUUCCACUUGGGAGACUACCGUCGAGCGACAGUGGGCCCGGGGGGCAAAGUCCCCGAGGAUUACUUCUUCCCGAACGCCUCCCCGACGUCUGUCAUGCUCCGACAGAAGAUUCUCAAGAAAUGCCGCGAAGACAUCUAUGCAUGGCUCAAUCAUGAAAAUGGUCAAGUUGCCAUCUAUGACGCCGUCAAUCCGACAGCGGCCAGUCGUCGAUCUUUGGCAAAAGAGUUCGCAAAGCACGAUGUCCAAACAUUGUUCAUCGAAUCCUACGUCGAUGAUGAGGCCAUCUUGCGGGAGAAUGCCCGGAACGUCAAGAUUUCAUCUCCGGAUUUUGCCGGAAUGGAUCCCGAUGAGGCUGCCCAGCUCUACCUCCAACGCAUUAGCAUGAAGAUUCCAGCCUUUGAGACGAUGAACGAGCAGGAGCUUAACUACAUUCGGAUGAUCAACGCCGGCCAGCGCUUCUUCUAUAACAACAUCUCUUUCAACUACCUCUCCCAUCGCAUCGUCUUCUAUCUUACCAACCUCCACGUCAAGUCACGCACAACCUACUUCGCCCGCGCCGGCACCACCACGGAAGAGGACUCGUACAAGGCCGACGCCCCGCUCUCUGAAGAAGGCAAGGCAUACGCAGCCAAAAUGUCCGAGACCUUAUUGAGACACCGCGAGGAAGAACGCGCCGCGCUUAUCGCGAAGGGCGGACCGGACGUCCCGCUUCGACCUCUCUCAGUCUGGACCUCGACGCGCCUUCGCACCGUGCAAACGGCCGACUACCUCAAGGACAAAGGCUACAAGGUCCGCCAGCGGUCGCAGAUGAGCCAGAUCAACCCGGGUGUAUGUGAGAAGUUGUCGGAGCGCGCCAUUCGCACUCUAUUCCCCGAGGAAGUCGAGAAGCAUGAGGUUGACCCCUACCACCAUCGCUACCCGAGGGCCGAGUCUUACCACGAUCUUGCUGUCCGUCUCGAACCCAUCAUUCUCGAACUUGAACGCGAGCAGAGCGACCUCCUGAUCAUCGCUCACGAGUCGGUCCUCCGCGUCCUCUACUCCUACUUGAUGCACUGUUCGACUAUGGAUAUCCCCUUCCUCAAGUUCCCCCGCGACGAGAUCAUCGAGAUCAUCCCGGCCGCCUACCAGAACGAAGCAAAGCGCAUUCGCAUUCCCGGAAUCGACCCCAAGGUCACACAGAGUUCCCCGGAGAACAUCGCCAUACCGGUCCCCACCAGUACUAGCGCCUCCAGUUCCAUACCCGGGAGUGGUACCCUGAGCCCUGAUGCUGGCGCCGGCGUCUCGUCGCCCGCCGAGCCUGUCGAAAGACCGCCCGCAAAUGUCACGAACAAGCCCGCAGGCAUUGUGGCUGGCAAGGUGGAUGACGAGGACUAA